AUGUCUAUCGAUGAUCGUCCCAACAAUGUCAAUCAAACAGAUGGAUUCACGAAGCAGAGCAAGGACCAGCUGGCCGUUCUCCCCGACAAGAUCCUCUUACAGAUCUUUGAGGCCUUGGGACGAAUUACGAAGAAGAAUCUAUGCAGCGUCUCAAGGCUCAACAGGCGCUACCACAGACUAGGUGAUGCCGUUCUGUACAAGACGCUUCUCUUAGAGACGCCUGAACUCCACCUCACUUUCAGCGAAUCGCUUGGUCGAAGACCACGACGAGCAUCUAUCAUAGUUGAGGUGAAACUCGCAUAUCCAUCAGCACAACUAGCUCAGCUAGCCCUGGACACGCCUGCCCGAAUACAUUACGAUCCUUCGAAUUCGCUCUCGAGGAUGUCAAAUCUCGAGAAGUUGGAGAUUUCAUUACCAGAUGUGCUACUGAGGGGAAUCGGAAACGUGUUCAACGGACCUUUCGAUCUGGCUUGCCUAAAAACGUGCUCUUUGUUCUAUCAGACAGCUGAUGAGCAGUACUGGGAUCUUCGCGAGAAUAUCCAUGUCUUUACCAUACCGUCGUUGGAGCGGUUGACGAUCACACGAGCGAAGCUGGACGAAAGAGGUUUUGACUUCCUAGAACGACCAAGCCCUACGGACCUGAAGGUGCUGCAUCUGAUCGACUGCGACAUCAAUGAUGAUGGACUGUCAGAUUUGCUUGAAUUCCCCACAGGCCUGGAGGAAUUCGUCAUGACACAAGCAGCCGAGCCGGAGCCAGAACUGGAGGAGAGCUCUGAUACCUUUAGCGACUACAUCUCUGCUCUCAACUCGCAACGACAUUCUAUCAAAAGCGUUACUAUCGAUUCAGCAUCAUUGAGCGGGCGCAAAGUGCUACGGAUGCGGGAGUAUCAAGAGCUGACGACCUUAAGAAUGAAUUGGGAUUAUCAGCUCUUCGGCAAAACAUCGAAGAAGCCUCGGUUGCAGUCUGUCGGAUUGCCACCCAAGCUAGAAAAAUUGGAAUUCCUCAAUCCGAUAGGCACGGACGAGGAAGUGACCGAUCUCCUCCUAAGCUUGAUUCAGAACAAGUCCGUCGUGGCCGAUAAGCUGAAGACUCUGAUCAUUGUUGAAGGCGAGGACGGGGUGUCAAGAGACAUCGUAGAAGCUUGCAAGGAGCAGAACCUGGAGCUUCACAUGAUCGCAGGACAAUGA